UAUUUUUUAAUAAAGGGGUAAACACAAGAAUGCAGCUCAAAGCGUGACGUUGCUAGAAUUUAUGGAACGGAAUCCGGACAUAGCCAAAGGCCACGCCAAAGGUGAUCGGGUGAAAGUCGAGCAGCAAUGGCAAGAGCUGGCUAACACUUUAAAUAGUCAGGGCCCAUAUAAGGAUGUCAAUGGUUGGAAAAAGACUUUCACUGAUUGGAAGUGUGAGGUGCGUAAGAAACUUGCACAUAACCGCAGGGAAUCUACCGAGACUGGUGGCGGAAUUUUCAAUAAGUAUUCUCUGACUGAAGCUGAGGAAACUCUUGCGCGUAUUACGGGAAUGUACACGGUAGUGCAGGGUAUUUCCGAGACUACAUCCUUUGGGCUGGAUGAAACAGUGGACUUCGAGGUGGAGGUACUAGAUUUAACUGAGGAAGAAGUGAUGCCCUCAACUUCCACAGGCCAAAAACGGGCACGACACGAUAUUCAGGCAUCGACUCCAAAAAGAAAAAAAGAAACUUCCUUACUGGACUGUCUCAAGGAAUCCCUGGAGUUACAAAAAAAUUUCAACAGAAAGGUUGAAGGCGUUCUGGAUUCGUUGAUGGAAAACCGAGAAGAGAACCUCGCAGCCAUGCAACGUUUCUGUGACGCAAUGGAAAAAACGAACGAAACGUUGGAUGGCAUCAGAGAAGACUUUAAAAAUCACCAUGAAAAUAUAGAAAGAAUACUACAUAAAAAAUAGCAACAUUUCUUUGUAA